CAUCUUGCCAAUGAGCUGCAUUGUGACAUCUAUCUCUGAGUGGAUUUGCAAGAACUGAAUUUGCUUUGGUUUUGUGUAUAGUUUCUGGCUUGUCGUAUGUUCUUAUGCAGCUUUGAUCAGCUUUUCUAUCAUCUGGUAUGUACUCAAAUCUUCUCUCCUCUGCAGAGUGAUGUGCUUUGAAGUGAAUAAAAUGGCAGCUUCAUUGGUCCCAGGGGUCCUCAUAAAGCUCCUCCAGCACCUGAAUACCAAUGUUAAGGUUGGCAGCAAGCACCGGUCAUCCCUGCUCCAGGUUGUGAGUAUUGUUCCUGCACUUUCUGGAAGUGAUCUGUUCACCAACCAAGGCUUUUAUCUUAAGGUCUCCGACUCCUCCCAUGCAACGUAUGUCUCCCUGCCAGAUGAACACAAUGAUCUGAUCUCAAGUGAUAAGAUCCAACUAGGGCAAUUCAUUCAUGUUGAUGGCAUCGAGGCAGGCUCUCCUGUGCCCAUUCUUAAGGGUGUGAGGCCACUCCCUGGUCGUCAUCCCUGUGUUGGGAAUCCCGAGGAUAUCGUUGCUGCCAACAGUUCUCAUGGUUUCCUUGAUGCAGAGAAGCCACAGCAAUCCAGUGACACAAGCUGUAACAUAAACACUACUUCAGUAAAUGAGAAAAGCAAAUUGGGGAAUUCGAAGUUAGCCAUUAAAACACAGGAGGUGCAAAAGAAAAGGGCUUCACUUGGUAAGUCAGGCUCUUUCCAGUCGAAACAACUGGCCAGUGACAAAUUGGGGAAGGAUGGUAUCAGUGUGAGGUUAAAAUCAAUGGACUCAUGGUCGAUAACUUCGUCUCCAACAAGUGUUUGUACUUUGCCUGCAUCAUUCGAGAAGUUCUCCUUUGAGAAGUUCUCCAAUGAAACUAAGAAGCAAGCACAAGCCCAAAGACCAGAGAAACCAUUGUCAAGGUUUCGUCUGUUGGAUAAGGCAGCUUCUGUCUUGAAAGUGAACAAUGUUGGUAGAAAAUCUUCUGCUGGAAAUUUCUUAAGAAAUUUGGUGCCAGACAUUGAGUUAGAUCCCAAUGGUUUAAGAAAAAGCUGGGUGGAGAAAGUGGAGGCAAAAGGAUGGGAUAGUUCUACCUUAAAAGCAGCCAAACUUGAGACAAGAUCCAAAUCUAAGAGCACUUCGGCUCCUCAACAGAAGUCAUCAACAAAUGAGAAACUGUUAACUAAGAAGGAUAGCAAGAUUCAAACUACCAUGAAGAAAACCAAUGCAAAAGCUGCCACCGAUGAUUCUGAUAGAUCAGCUAAACGGCGGCCUUCUGUCAUAAAGAAGUCCUCAGAAACUGCUACCAGUCUGAAUCUUGCUGACUUUGUCAAAGUUGUUCCAACCAAUAGAAAAUGGACUGAUAGUAGUGUUUCAUGGUCAUCGCUUCCAUCAUCUCUAGCAGAACUAGGAAAGGAGCUGUUGAAGUAUAGGGAUGCAGCACAACUGGCUGCUGUUGAGGCUGUACAAGAAGCUUCUGCUGCAGACAGCUUGAUUCGGUGCUUAAGUAUGUAUGCGGAGAUCAGUACCUCUGCUAAGGAGGACAACCCACGGCCGACAGUGGAGCAGUUCCUCGCCCUUUAUGCCUCCCUCCGCAACGCCACUGCCGUUACUGACUCCCUCUCGAAGACUACAUUGCAAACUCUGCCGGUAACUGCACCGGGCCAGUCCCUCAGCGGUGACCCGACCCUCGAAGAAGCCUUAAAAGUAUCCGCCGACGUCCGCCGCCGUGCCGUUUCCUGGGUCGGUGCAGCCGUCGCCACCGAUCUCGCCCCCUUCUCCCUCUAUGACCACAAGCCCUCCUCUGCCUCCACUGCCUCACGGGCGGUGCUGGUCCUCGAGGGUCCAUCGAAGACCGCCGCCGCCACGGCUCCCUCAAAGGCCACUCAGACGAAAUCCCGGCUCUCCCUGACGUCUGUCUCGGUUGGUAGGGGGAACGCGCGGGGGCCGGCGGCACCACCGUCUCCGCCGCCGGAGUGGGAGCGGGAGGUAGGGCCCAACGAAGGGGCGCGGCUGGUGCGAACGCUGAGGGAGGAGUCGCGGGCGUGGUUCCUAGGGUUCGUGGAGAGGUUCGUCGACGCCGAGGCGGCCGCGCGGGGGAGGUCCAACCGGCAGCAGUUGGCCGCGAUGCUAUCGCAGCUGAAGAAGGUGAACGAAUGGCUGGAGGCUAUCGGCUGCCAUCGGAGCGACGGGGAGGCAGUGGAUGGCGAGGGUUCCGGUGAUGUGCCAGCGGAGACGGUCGAACGGCUGAGGAAGAAGAUCUACGAGUACCUUCUCACCCACGUCGAGUCCGUCGCCGUCGCGGUCGGCGGUGCGUGUCCGCCAUCGCAGGCGGUCGUGGGGCGGUCGGGUCGGAGGGGAUGACAAACCUGGCUCGCACCGUCGCAUCCGGGCAUGACAGUGUUUUGGGAUUCCCAGGGUACGUGUCCUGAUCCUAUUGCACGAGAAUGUUGUUCUGUGCCUCUAGCAACACGAUAAAUAGCACCCGAUCUCUGUAGGGUAGCCUUCCAAAUAGUGUCAAUUGGAGUCAAACUCUUUCCUCACUCGGGCUGGUCAACGUAAACUUGUCGGUGAGAAAAAGAAUAUGUGGAGGACAUUUAUACAGUUUAAUACCGCAAUUAAA